UCGCAGGUGGGGCAGGGCGGGGCCAUGACUCACGCGGCUCUCUCCGCCCGCCUCUCCCCUCCCGACUGCUUCCGACUCGUCCCCUCACGCUUGUCAUUUUCUCCGCUUUACCUGGUCAGCUCCGGUCUCCCCUCCGCCCGCCCUCCCGGCCGGCCGGCCACUGGGUUCCAGGUUGCUGGAGAGAGCCGGGGUUCCCUAUGGGCAGAGUGCUGGUGAAGUCUGUGCGUGCCAAUCCCCACCUGCGCUGCUGGACCAUUGCUGGGGCAUCCGCGCUCAGGACCCGAGGAGCCGGAAAGGGGGAGGGGGAGAGAAGACCGCCUUUGGCCCUUUGAAGUCCCCUCCGCUGGAACUCCGAAGCUCUCCCUCCUUCCGUCGGUGUAACUUUUCGCUCCGUCCCCAGUUGCACCCCUUCUUUCUGGCGCCCUGACUUGACCGGCGUACGUGCCCCUGCACAGCCAUGGCGUAUUCCCAGGUGCAGUGCCUGGACGACAGCCACGUGAACUGGCGUUCUAGCGAGUCUAAGCCCGAAUUCUUCUAUAGUGAAGAGCAGCGGCUGGCCCUGGAGGCCCUGGUGGCCAGGGGCCCCGAGGCCUUCUAUGAAGUGCUCAAGAAGGAGAAUAUCCGGGACUUCCUGUCAGAACUGGAGCUCAAGAAGAUCCUGGAGACAAUCGAAGUGUACGACCCUGGGUCCGAGAACCUUCGGGAUCCGCGGGGGCCCCACGAGGGCCCUGAGCCCCACGACAAAGAAGAGAAUGGGCAGGGAGACGCCGACGCUGACCUGGUCCCCUCCUUGGAGUACUGGCCACAGAAGUCAGACCGCUCCAUCCCGCAGCUGGACCUGGGUUGGCCCGAUACUAUUGCCUACCGAGGGGUCACCCGUGCCAGUGUGUACAUGCAGCCCCCCAUUGAUGGACAAGCCCACAUCAAGGAGGUGGUCAGGAAGAUGAUCCACCAGGCACAGAAGGUGAUUGCUGUGGUCAUGGACAUGUUCACAGACGUGGACAUCUUCAAGGACCUGCUGGACGCCGGCUUUAAGAGGAAGGUGGCCGUGUAUGUUAUCGUGGACGAGGCCAACGUGAAGUACUUCUUGCACAUGUGUGAGCGGGCCCAGAUGCACACAGGACACAUGAAGAAUCUGAGAGUCCGGAGCAUCGGAGGAACGGAAUUUUUCACACGUUCAGCUACCAAGUUCAAAGGAGCCCUGGCCCAGAAAUUCAUGUUUGUGGAUGGCGACCGAGCGAUGUGUGGCUCCUACAGCUUCACGUGGUCAGCCGCCAGGACAGACCGGAACGUGAUCUCGGUGCUGUCGGGCCAGGUGGUGGAGAUGUUCGACAAGCAGUUCCAGGAGCUGUACCUCAUGUCCCAAGGGGUCAGCCUCAAGACGGUUCCCAUGGAGAAGGAGCCCGAGCCCGAGCCCAUCAUCCUGCCCACCGUCAUCCCGCUGGCCCCGUCCGGCACCGUAGCCAAGAAGCUCAUCAACCCCAAGUACGCCCUGGUGAAGGCCAAGAGCGCGGACGAGAUCGCCAAGGCCUCCUCCGAGAAGCAGGAGGCCGGGCCGGCCCCCAAGGGUGAGGGCAAAGGCAGGGGGCUGGGCCACCCGCUGGCCGAGCGGCCCGGCGACUUCCUGGAGCAGCCGCUGCCCGUCCACCCCGGGCUGCUGAACAUGGAGCGCGCCAACAUGUUCGACUACCUGCCCACGUGGGUGGAGCCCGACCCCGAGCCUGGCAGCGACAUCCUGGGCUACAUCAACAUCAUCGACCCCAACGUAUGGAACCCGCAGCCCAGCCAGAUGAACCGCAUCAAGAUCUGCGACUCCUCCCAGGCCGCGGCCCAGUACAGACUGCUGCAGAGGCGGCAGAGCCAGGAGGUGCUCGGUCCCAGGGUCGCCCCGCCUCCUGAGCCGCCGGCCCCUGCGGAAGCCACCAAGAGCCCGCCUGCCUCCCCCCGCGCGGAGCCCGGCCCCACGGCCAGGGACCGCGGAGCCUGGGCCGAGAACUGCCACCCGCGGGCUGGGCACGAGCAGGACGGCGCGGACACCAAGCCCGUGCCCAAGCCCAGGACGGUGCACGUCACGGACUUGGUCACGAAAGGCAGCGCGCAGGACGGCGGCCCCGGCUGCCAGGCUGGGGGACCCGGAGAAGAGGGGCCACUCCAGCCCGAAGGGCCUCCGAACGGCACGACCUACAGAGGCCACGAGGACGCGGGCCAGAGCGGCAGCGCCGGGCACCCCAAGCUCCUGCGGCAGCUGUCCGUGUCCCACGAGGCCCCGGGGACCCCCAACGGCCUCGGCGCCGAGGAGGAGGACGACGACGACGACGACUACGUGACCCUCAGUGACCAGGACAGUUUCUCAGGUGGCUCCACCAACAGCCGCCACCGACAGUCUGCGGCGUCCUCCGUGUCGGACGAGUACUUUGAGGUGAGGGACAACUUCGCCCAGCUCCGGAGGCGCCACUCGGAGCACGUCCCCAACGGGGCGGGUCACGCGCGACCCCUGUACAGGAAACUGAGUGAGCCCCACAUGAGCCGGGGGACGUUCAUGAGUCCCCUGAGGGGUCCCCCGUGGCUGCAGAGCUCGGGGGCAGAGGAUGAGUAUGGCAGGAAGAGAAACAGCAGCAAAGAGGAAAUUAAACAGGACAGCGCCAAGGCUUAUGCUAGCCCUGCGACCCAGGGCCAGCAGUUGUACCGUUACGGGGACAAGCGCCCCGCCCCGGGGGCCAGGGACAAAGGCAGCUCCCAGCCGUCAGCCAAGAACCCGGAGCUUCCCAAGUACCGGCGGGACGGCCCGCGCGCCGCGGACGGCUUCCAGCACCCCGCCAGAAAGUCCGGCCUGGCCGCCGUGGGCUCACGCUAUUGGCAGACCAAAGGCGGCCCCCCGGACGGCCGGAGCCUGAGGACCGCGCGAGCCCCGGGCAGUCCAGCUGAUGGGGGGACCCGGGAGGAGCUGCCCACCCCGUUCGGCAUCCCCCUCUCCAAACUGUCCCAGAACAAAGGCCUCAGGAACAGGUCAGGCGGCGGCCAGUGGGCCCCCCCCGACUCCCGCCGGAGGGCCCCGGCCCCCACGGGCCCCAAGGACUAACGGCGAGCCCGCUCCCCUGACCGCGCUGAGCCCAGAGCUGCUCGCUCCUCUCCUUGGAGCCUUGAACCAGACUCUGACAAUGCAAGUGUUCCUCGACAUGCUGCUUGGACCUCGGAUGGGAGGACUGCAUUGGUUGUACAUAGGACUGCGGGCGGGAGGAGGGGAGGCGAUGUUUACAUUUACCUGGUCCGUGCACCAGUACCACGCCGCCAUGAUGGUCAGGCCAAAGGUCAUGCCGGUCCACGGGAGGUCCCCAGUGGAGGCGUCUCGGAACAUGUGCAUGGCAUCCGCCCGGGGCAGGUGGCACGUUGUGUUAGGGAUGGUCUUGUUUGGCACGGCCCCCAAGUAAGCGGCCUCCAACUGCUCAUAGCCCCCAAUCUGGUCAAAAGCUGAAAGGGAAAAUGGGACAUUGGGUGAGGGAAGAAAAAAGGAGGAGCAGAGGAGGGGGAAAGUGGCUGGCUGGACUGGUCAGCGAUUCUCUUCCCUCCUGCAACCGACUUCCUAGUGCAACAAGUUUUAAGAUUUUCCUACAAGCUCACCUUUUCCAUACCUGGGUCUGGAAGAGUUGGGGAGUGGGAAAAAAAAGAUCUAAUUUUAUGAUUGUAUUUUAUUUUUAUUUAAAGAGAACAAAAUUAUUAAAAGAUAAAUUUUGCACAUUGGA